GGUUUGUGGGCCUCCCCAACUGCUUCUACGGGCCCGCACGCGUGGUGUCCCUCCUCGGACAGGGUGAGAAGAGCUACGAGCUGAAGAUUGACGACAUCCCACGCGUUGAGACGUGGAGGAAAGGGCGCGGGCUGAUCGAGUUCCUUCGCGAGCCGGGCGACGUCUCCUUUUUCUUCCCAGAGGAAGGAGCUGGACCUGAUCACGCCUCGUACCUGAGCAUCGCCGACGAGCUGUGGCUCGGCAUCCUGCAAGCCAAGUGCCGCAAGAAGGUGCCAAACAAGGCACAUGCCCUGGGCACGCUCAACAUCCGGACCAUGUACAAAGGCGAGAAGAAUCCCGGAGAGAAGCGCAGCCAGCUGACGACUCUCCUCAAGCAGAGGGGCGUGAAGGGAAUCCUGCGAAUUCUCCUGGCGUACCCGGCGCAGGUUAAUGCGGCCAGCUAUGCCCAGUCCACGCUGAGGCGCUCUGAGCGGCUCCAGGCACUGGAGGGGAACGAGUUCGAGGUCGUGCAGCUGUGCAUCUCAAGGUCGAAUGCGGAGCACUACUUGACGGACGAUGAGCGGCACCACCUAGACUGCCUCAAGGACAUUUCUUAG